AUGAGUGGAUCAGAAACAACUUGCGUUCUAAAUGGGAAGAUAUCAUAUAUUAUGGGGAAGUUUGUCGCGAUUGACAUACAAGGACGGACAGCGCUUUUUGACUCAUCGUUUGAAGCCACAUAUAUUUCAGGACCUACAAAUGAGCACAACCCCUCUUUGUGCUGGAAAAGAUUGAUGGAGUCGAAUGGAGAAUUGUUUUUAGCUGAAAUGUACCAUUGUCGACCUAAAGUUUACAAGCUAGAGAUGGAUUUAAAAGUUUGGGUUGAAAUUAGAAGCCUGGGCGACAUAAUAUUCUUUAUCUCUACUGGUUGCUCGUUCUCUCUACCUGCUUCAGAAUUUCCAGGAGCUAAAUCAGAUUGCAUAUAUUACACAGGAGAAGAUGGAGAUGCAUACGAUAGACGCUUCAGGUUUUGUGGACCCUAUGCAGAAUGUUAUGAUCUCAAGAUUGGGAUGUAUGGGAGUCUUACGUCAUUUCCUGAGCACCUGAAAUUGUUCUGGCCUCCACCUGAAUGGCUUGAAGACCCUACUGUCCUUUCUUUAGCACAAUGA